AUGGUUUUGGUAGAUGAAGAGGGAACAAGAAUCCACACAACCAUUGAAGAUGAUAUGCUUAAAAAAUAUCAAAAGGUUAUUAACGAUUUCAAACAAGGUAAUUGCGUGACGUUCAAAAAUUUCCAUCUUAAAGACUAUUGUGGAGACUAUAGGACCAACGAACUCCCUUACAAGAUUCUGGUUAUUCGAACAACGAUAAUCAAACUGGURGAUGAAUCACCAAAACCAUUUCGAGAGAAAUAUUUCACCGACUUUCAAGACAUUAAGGAUGUUGUUGCUCAAAUACUGAAUGUUGGACCUAUCGAAAACCUAAAAUCCCAGGGAAAGAAGACCACAAGCACAAAGGUGGAUGUUUUGCUACGAGAUGCACUUGACGUCCGUUUAGAGAUCCACCUUAAUGAACUCGAUGAUACAUUAAAAAUAUCAUAA